AUGAACACGCGCACUGAAGGCUUCCAGUAUACCCCAGAAGCUGGCCUCCGACCUGGACUCCCAACUCUGGGGGCCAUCCAGCCUCAGAAAUCCAUCACUCGGCAGUCCCACGAUGUGAUAGUCAUCGGCGCAGGAUAUGCCGGUCUCACGGCCGCUCGCGAUUUGACCACUUCCGGCCUCAAAGUCCUCCUCAUUGAAGCUCGAGACAGGAUAGGAGGCCGCACUUGGUCUUCCAACCUGGGCGACUACCCCUUCGAACUUGGAGGCACCUGGGUGCACUGGAAUCAGCCUCAUGUCUACAGAGAAAUCUCACGCUACAGUCUGCAAGAAGAUCUGGAGAACAGUCAUGAUCUGGACAAAGGUGUGAACUCGUUCAUGUUGCACACUGGUGGACAGACGACAAAGUACAGCCGGGCUCAAGAAGCAGAAUUGAGCAACUCUGCGCUUCGCAAGCUGGUGGACGUCGAUGGUGCGUUUGGGAGAAAGACCAUUCCCAUGCCAGGUGCAGCGAACAUCGAUGCUCAGCUGGGCAAGUAUGACAACAUGUCGAUUGCAGACCGGCUACAGCAAGUUUCGCUCACAGAGGCAGAGCUGGCUGUCAUUGAAGGCUUUCUUGCGAUUACUUGUGGCGCCAAACUGGAAGACGCAAGUUUCGGUGAGCUGCUUCGCUGGUGGGCUCUGAACAAUUACGACAUGCAGCUCUUCAUGGAACAAUGCUUGACGUACAAACUCCGAUCUGGUCAAUCGAAUUUUGCUCGAAAGUUCUUUGAUGAAGCUCAAGCCACCGGGAAUCUUGACUACAUCUUCAGCGCUCCUAUCACAUCAGUACAGGACUCAGAUGCCUCAGUUCUCGUUCGCACAAGCACGAACGAGUACCAGGCCAAGCAAGUCAUCUGCACAGUUCCACUGAAUGUGUUGAAAGAUGUCGAGUUCUCCCCGCCUCUGGACGCAGCCAAGUUGCGCGCCUCGCAGCAAGGCCACGUCAACCAGGUCUCCAAAGUGCACGUUGAAGCAGCUAAUCCUGAACUUCGCUCGCUUUCCAGCACGAUCGCCCGGCCAUUCGACAGGCUCACUUACACUUUCGGAGAUGGCACUACUCCAGCAGGCAACACACAUCUCGUCGCAUUUGGCAGCUCCUACGAAGGCGUACACCUGCAAGGCGAGGAAGACAUCAGUGACACUGUUCGCGCUCUACAACGCUUCGCUCCGGAGAUGGAUGUCAAACGUGUUGUAUUUCACAAUUGGUCACGAGAUCCCUACGCACAAGGUGCUUGGGAGUGGUUGAGACCAGGUAUGAUUGCAGAUCGUGCGAUCCUUGAUGGCCUGCGAAAGAGGCAAGGAAACGUACACUUCGCAAAUGCUGAUUGGUCAUUCUUGUGGAGAGGCUUCAUUGAUGGUGCUAUCGAAGAUGGCGCAAGAGUCGCAUUGGACGUACGAAAAAAAGUUUUGGGAUGGUAGGCAGCGGAUACUGAUAUCUGUCAAACAUUUAUUUCACCAUAUUUCACAUCACAUUCAGCUCCAAGGAUCAAAGCCUCCGAGACUGAAUAGCAUUUGCCAAGUCUUUCCGACCAAUUCCUGCUUCUUUGGGAGCUACUCAACG